ACCGUCUGCGCCUGCGUGGUAGUGCUGCAGGCUGUGUGAUCAUGGCGGCGCUCAGAGCCGGGUUACUGGCGGCGGUGACCCGCAGAGCUGCCCUGGCAUCUCUUGCUGGACGGGCAGCCGGUGCCGGGCGGGUCCUGCAGUGUUCUAGUGUCCGGGCAGCUUCUGACCUUCCAAAGGAUCUUUUGCCUGGACCUUACCCCAAGACUGAAGCAGAAAGGGCGGCUGCAGCCAAGAAAUAUAACAUGUUAUUAGAGGACUACAAACCUUACCCAGAUGAUGGAAUGGGGUAUGGUGAUUAUCCAAUGCUGCCUGACAAAUCGCAGGAAGAACGAGACCCCUGGUACAAGUGGGACUAUGCUGUCUCUAGGAGAAAUUGGGGAGAGGUGAUGCACUGGGACUUUGAUAAGUUCAUCCGCGUCCGGGUUGAUACGUCUCCCACCCCUGCACCUUUCAGUUCUAUGUGUAAAGUUUUGGCUGUAUUCCUGGGCACAAUGUUUGUCUUGUUCUACAUUGGACAAGUGUUUCCAUCAUAUUCCCCUGUUGCUCCCAAGCAAUAUCCUUACAACAAUCUGUACUUGGAAUACGGUGGAGAUCCUGAUAAGAAACCUCCAGAAGAGAAAAACAACACAUUCAAAUAGAGUAAAAUACAUGGCCGACUGCUGCGCUACCACUGUCCUUUCUGGAAUAAAGUGGCAUCCUAAAAAAAUA